AUUUUCGGUCUUUGAACUCUCUUUUUUAUCUGGCCGCGCAAAGCUGUACUCACAAGUCACAACCUGCGAAACCACGAUUCUGUUUCUUGACAAGCUGAUUAACGUUGAACUUGUAAACCACAAUUCUGUUCCUCUGCUAGUCAUCAUCCUAAGAACUCGUAUUUGAAGUUUGAAUCAAGUAUCAGCACUACCAGGCUAUAAGGAGAUGGGUAAAGCCUCAAGAGAUAAAAGGGAUAUAUACUAUAGGAAAGCAAAGGAAGAAGGUUGGCGUGCUCGAAGUGCCUUUAAACUGCUCCAAAUUGAUGAGGAAUUUGACAUAUUCAAAGGGGUCCGGCACGUGGUAGAUCUCUGUGCAGCGCCUGGUAGCUGGAGUCAGGUGUUGAGUCGUAAAUUGUAUCUCCCUGCAAAGCUGUCCCCUGAUUCCAGGGAGUGCGAUCUUCCACUUAUUGUUGCUAUUGAUCUGCAACCUAUGGCUCCAAUCGAUGGGGUUAUUCAGGUGCAGGGUGAUAUAACAAAUGCCCGAACAGCUGAAGUGGUCAUUAGACAUUUUGAUGGGUGCAAAGCUGACCUAGUUGUCUGUGAUGGUGCUCCUGAUGUGACUGGACUUCAUGACAUGGAUGAAUUUGUUCAAUCUCAACUCAUAUUGGCAGGUUUAACAAUAGUUACUCACAUACUUAAAGAAGGCGGCAAAUUUAUUGCUAAAAUAUUUAGAGGGAAAGAUACAAGUCUCUUGUACUGUCAGCUAAAGCUAUUUUUCACAGAAGUGACUUUUGCUAAACCAAAGAGCAGCCGUAAUUCAAGCAUUGAGGCAUUUGCAGUUUGCGAGAACUAUUCACCUCCAGAAGGAUUUAAUGAGAAAGAUUUACAUCGCCUCCUUGAAAAGGUCGGAAGUCCUUCAGGAGUGGAUGAUCUAGAUUGUAGUAGCGGAUGGUUAGAAGGGCCAAACAAGGUGUAUAUACCGUUUCUGGCUUGCGGGGACCUGAGUGGAUAUGAUUCUGACCGGUCCUAUCCACUUCCUAGAGGAGCCGACGGAGCUUACCAGAGCCUGGAUCCAGUACAGCCACCAAUCGCUCCACCUUAUAAACGAGCUCUAGAAAUGAAGAAAGCUUCGAAUCAGGGAACCCGUGAUCUCGAGAAACUCAGUCUCGAUCCUUGAUGGUGCCAAUCAUGCCGUCUUGUUAUCGUUUUCAAUAUGAAAUUGGCAUGCAACUGAUUGUUUGGUGGACCAUUAUUAAUUAUUUAAGUCUUCAUCUUGACUUGUUGAAUGAAGAACAUGCAACUUUCAUAUUUAUGAAUCAAUAGUGUCCUGUUUUGGCUUUUC